GUGGAGCGAUGCCCGUAGUUCUCUUUCUCCAUCUGAAACGGGUAUGGACGAUCGCACGUGGUGGCAGGAGGAGGAGUUGAAGAAGGCGGAGCAGUCUCGCAAUUUGGGAGCUGGGGACCACAUACGGGCUGAGGUUAGGGAGAUGCAUAAAUUUAUUCAGAGGCUUAAGAGAGAAGAGGCAGACAUUCUAAGGAGGGAUAGGCGAUCCUUGCAGCGCUACGCUAAGCUGGCCAGAUGCACGUCUGCGGAGGAGCCGUGUUCUAGCACUAGUUAUUCAGAAGACUUGACCGACAUGCCGCAAAUGCUCAUAGCCACACACGGCAAUGCAUCGCUCAGUAGUGGUGGAACGGGGACAUCUAUGGAUGGCGUGGAUAGUGGUGAGGCAAUGCAAAUCAUCAAUCACCAAGAUAACAGGAGGUCAGCAGAUACACAGGACAUACGGAGAGUUGAUGCCUGUCUUAGUGGGGCAGUGAACACAGCUUUUGCAGCGUCGGCCAGCCUUCAGCAGAUGGUUGUCAGUGGUAGCAAUAUGUCAUUGCCAGAGGCACACAACAUGUAGAGAACACCGCAGAUGGGAGGCAGCCGGAAGUGGAGCAGGCAUUUUGACUUAAGGAAGCAGGGAAGUCCUUGUUGAGGGGAGAACCAAACACAAUCAACAAAUCGUCACUGUCUCCAAGCAAAGGAAGAAGGAGAGAGUCCUACCUACAUGAUGGCGUGCGGUCAAGUAGGCCUGCGGAUGUGCCAACUGCCAACUUGAUCUGCAAAUUGUGCAAUGAAUGAGGAAGAAACUCUUAUGUCCUGUAAGAAGUAGAGGCUCAAAGAUGUUCCGCACUCUAUCCUGCGUUGUAGAUUGAUUGGCAUGUCAGCGACAUCAGCAAAAAUGUGGAGGUAUUCCAUUCUGUUUGGUCACAAAGAAUCACACCGUGAGAUACUGAAGGACCCGAUCCCUCCUUCAGCAGCCAAUCCUUCAGUGAAAUCUGCAAAGCAUCUGAGAGUGUUCUUUCAGAACGUAUCCGGCCCAGCAAGGGAACAAGA